AUGGAGAGGGCCCUGGAGGCAGCCAACAUGACCAGAGUGCGGGAGUUCGUCCUGCUGGGCUUGUCCACGAGGCCGGGCACGCGGGACGCCCUGUUUGCCGUCUUCCUGGCUCUCUACCUGCUGACCCUGCUGGAGAACACGCUCAUCGUCUACCUGGUCUGCAGGCACAGUGAGCUCCGCAAGCCCAUGUACUUCUUCCUGGGCAACCUCAGCGGCCUGGAGAUGUGCUACGUGUCCGUGACGAUGCCCAGCCUGCUCCUGGGGCUGUGGACCGGACCCUGCCAUGUGCCUUUCACAGCCUGCUUCAUUCAGCUCUUCCUGUUCCUCUCCCUCAUUGGUACCAAGUGCACGCUCCUGGCCUCCAUGGCCUACGACCGCUAUGUGGCCAUCUGCCGCCCGCUGCACUACUCGCUGCUCAUGCGGCCCCAGGUCUGCCUGGGCUUGGCCUUGUCCUCGUGGCUUGGUGGGCUGCUGGUCUCAGUGAUCAAAACAGCAUGCAUUGCCAGCCUGUCCUACUGUGGCCCCAACGUCCUCAACCAAUUCUUCUGCGAUGUCUCCCCCCUGCUCAACCUGUCCUGCACCCACGUGGCCCUGACGGAGCUGGUGGACUUCAUCUCCGCCAUCGUCGUUUUCUGGGGGUCAUUGCUGGUUGCUCUGGCCUCCUAUGUGGCCAUUGGUAGGGCUGUGCUCCGCAUGCCGUCAGCCGCUGCCCGGCGCAAGGCCCUCUCCACCUGCGCCUCCCACCUGGCAGUGGUGGGCGUCUUCUACUCCGUGGUUCUCUUCAUGUACUCCCAACCCAGCCGCAUCGAGUCCACGGACCUCAACAAGGUGCUGUCAGUCAUCUACACGGUGGCCACGCCCCUGUGCAGCCCCGUAGUCUACUGCCUGCGCAACAGGGAGGUGCGGGCGGCGCUGGGGCGGACACUGCACCUGCGCUGUCUCUCCAGGGAGAACGGACACCACCUCAUCCCUGAGUUUAAAACUUCUGUGGCUGGGGCCGGCAGGAGAUCAUUACAGCUGUGCGGUGACAUCAUUCGCAUCCAUGAAGAAGAACUCAGACGUGUAGCUAUGGAUGUGGGGAGACGGCCAGAGAUGCUUGCAAAAGUGGAAAUUCUGGAUGAAGCAUCGACACAGUCAAAUCUGGAACAGUGCUGCCAGGCUGCCAUUACGAAGCCUAAGGUCCUCACCGUCCUCAGCAGCGUGUGA